UCUGCUCAGUACAACGUAAAUUCAAAAAUGACUGGACGUGGAAAGGGAGGCAAAGGAUUGGGAAAAGGAGGAGCUAAGCGCCAUCGCAAAGUUCUUCGUGACAACAUCCAAGGUAUCACUAAGCCAGCAAUCCGUCGUCUUGCUCGCCGUGGUGGUGUCAAGCGUAUCUCCGGACUUAUUUACGAAGAGACCCGUGGUGUUCUCAAGGUUUUCUUGGAGAAUGUCAUCCGUGACGCUGUCACUUACACCGAGCACGCCAAACGCAAGACAGUCACCGCCAUGGACGUAGUCUACGCACUCAAGCGUCAAGGCCGCACUCUCUACGGUUUCGGAGGUUAAAUCUCACCUCGUCAUAAACAAUCGGCCCUUUUCAGGGCCACCAAAUGUUUAACGUAGAUUAACUAUCCGACAAUGUAACAAAAUGCCGUUAUACGAAUGUUGGUCAUUGUAUAAUUUUAUAGUAACUUUAAAAAAGCGUUACUUUAUUCCAUUAAUAAUUGAUACCCUUCAUAGACAUGAAAUAUCGCGUUCUUACAUACAGAUGAUUCGCAUUUCUACUAUCAAAUCAUAUUUAGUCCUUGCUCUAAUCGAAAACUUGUCCACAUCUCUUGGUAGUAAAGAUUUCUUCGCCUUGUGAAGGUAACCGAAAUUGUAACAUGAUCUGUACAAAAAUUUAUAAUUUCAGAAAACGACUAGCAUUAAAUCUGAUUCGAACUCUGA